GGGAAGUUGAAUGAGGAAAAAACAGAAAAUAGAUGAAAUGCAAAGAAUAAACAGAGUAUAAUCCCCUUGGCAUUAUUUUUUACAAUACAAAAUCUGUUGUGAUCCGAAAAUAAAUAUAAAAAAUUAUUGUUUCAUAAAGAUGGGUGGUUGUUUCAGCAAAAAUAGAUAUAUAGAGGGAGAUGGUAAAGGUACUAGCAAUAGGCCAAGAAGAAGAAGAGGGGAUACUGGUGUUGUAUCCUAUCAACAUUACAAACAUCCAGUUUAUUAUCAUCCAAGACCAACAAACCAACAAAGACAUGCACACCAAGUUACUGAAAAAAGUAGUCAACCAGAUACCAUUUUGGGUAAGCCCUAUGAAAACAUUAAAGCACAUUACACACUUGGGAGAGAAUUGGGUAGGGGUCAAUAUGGAGUUAUUUAUUUUUGUACUGAAAAUUCUACUAAGAGGAAUUAUGCUUGCAAGUCUAUAUUGAAGAGGAAACUUGUGAAUAGGAAAGACACAGAGGAUAUUAAGAGGGAGAUUCAAAUGAUGCAGCAUUUGAGUGGACAACCAAAUAUUGUCGAAUUCAAAGGUGCUUAUGAAGAUCACUAUUCCGUGCACCUUGUCAUGGAACUUUGUGCUGGAGGGGAAUUGUUUGAUAGAAUUAUUGCCAGGGGAUAUUACUCUGAAAAAGAUGCUGCUGAUAUUAUCAGACAGAUAGUGAAUGUCGUCUAUAUUUGUCAUUUCAUGGGGGUUAUGCAUAGAGAUCUAAAGCCAGAGAAUUUCUUAUUGACUAGUAAGGAUGAACAUACAAUGAUCAAGGCUACUGAUUUUGGCCUUUCUGUUUUCAUUGAACAAGGUAAGGUGUAUCGCGAUAUAGUUGGUAGUGCAUACUAUGUAGCUCCUGAAGUAUUGAGGCGCAGUUACGGAAAGGAAGCAGAUGUAUGGAGUGCAGGUGUUAUUUUGUAUAUUCUUCUUAGUGGUGUACCUCCAUUUUGGGAUGAAACUGAAAAAGGAAUAUUCCAUGCUAUACUACAAGGAGAAAUUGACUUUCAUAGUGAUCCGUGGCCAUCAAUAUCAAAUAGUGCCAAGGAUCUUGUUCGAAAAAUGCUCACACAGGAUGCGAAAAGCAGAAUCACAUCAGCAGAAGUUCUUGAACAUCCAUGGCUUCAAAGUGGAGAAGCAUCAGACAAGCCAAUAGAUAGUGCAGUGCUGUCCAGAAUGAAGCAGUUCAGGGCAAUGAACAAGCUCAAGAAACUAGCACUGAAGGUCAUUGCAGAAAAUUUAUCUGAAGAAGAAAUUAAAGGUUUGAAAGCUAUGUUCGCAAACAUGGAUACGGACAAUAGUGGGACAAUCACUUACGAAGAACUAAAAUCAGGAUUGGCCCGCCUUGGAUCAAAGCUUUCGGAGGCUGAAGUUAAGCAACUUAUGGAAGCUGCUGAUGUGGAUGGAAAUGGAACGAUUGACUACAUUGAGUUUGUUACUGCAACAAUGCAUAGACAUCGACUUGAAAGGGAUGACGAUCUAUUCAAAGCUUUUCAGUAUUUUGACACAGACCAUAGCGGCUUCAUAACAAAAGACGAACUGGAAAGUGCUAUGAAGGAGUAUGGUAUGGGCGAUGAGGACACCAUCAGGGAAAUUAUAGUAGAGGUGGACACAGACCAUGACGGCAGGAUCAAUUAUGAGGAGUUCUGUGCGAUGAUGAGGAGCGGAACACAGCCCCAAGAUAAACCUUUUUAGUUCCUUGAAACAGUAACCUUGCAAGCAGAGCUGUUCAGCAGCCAGCACUAUGUAGAGAGAGCUGGGCUGCAAGAAGAGAAGAUUCAGAAAAAGCGGAAGAGGUAUUCUUGAUGUACUUGUUAUACCUGGUAUAUCCAAUCUAUAUUUAUUUGCUUUGA